CGACUGCUUUUCACUCUCGGCAUUCACCGCACUACAGUUUCGUUCUUCGUGCCGGCAUUAGUCUCAUUUCGCUGCAGCUUUGCCGCCAUAUCACUCGGGAGCGCGACCGACGACGAGAUGGCGAUUUACUAAACACAGUCGCGUGUAUCGCGCGGUGCUAAAUGCGCUCGAAAAUGAUCGAAAUGUGAUCUCGCGUAUCGGGAAUGUGCUGCCGAUAAUACCUUGGGAAAGUUUAGCGAGUACAAACCUGACUGGAAAAGCAGCGAGACGACGACGACGACGACGACGACGAUUGGAAAUUCAGUGGGAAAAUGUGCGCGAGUGACGGCUUAACGAACGCGUCGCCAACAAGCGCAACAACUACCGCGAGGAUAUCUUGGUGACGCGUUCCUUUUUUUAACGCGUCUUAAAUAUUCACAAAGUGACGAGAUGUGUCAAAUAAUCAUUCGAUUGUUGGCGGUUCCCGUUGCUGCGGUAAAGGUAAAGCGAGGAAGGUAAGGUGAAAUUUGGGAGCGCCGAUUUAACCUGAACUGCUUUAGACAAAAUAUUUCAAGUUGCAAUCUGUUGAAUAAUUUGUGCUCACGUUGCGCCACAGUGCUGGUGAAAUCUCAGGUAGACGCACGGACAACAAGACGAAAUGUUUAAAACGAGCACUUCGUUUAUCGUGGGAUAAUAUCGUACAUCGUGUUCGAUAUUAUCCCACGUUUUCUGAAGAGCAGGCGCUACAAGAUCUUUUCUUGCUUUCAGCUUUUAUCUUGCUUAUUUUUAUCUUGCUUUCAGAGGAAUCGCGUUUCGCGGCGUUGCUUGAGAGGAUCGUCUUCUAGAAUGGAACGCAUCUAGAUACCGAUGUCUGGCGGUAAAAAUAAAGGGAAAUGGCAGCAGGGUUAACGACCUUGAUCGGUGCCACUUCCGUCCUCAGCCUCGGUCUGAUUCCACUUUUAGCGAUCGGCCUCACUGUGUUUCGAUACAACAAUGCUGAUCCGGAAUCAUACCCGCAAAACGCACGUCAGCUGCUACCAAUGUACGACUUUAUAGUGGUCGGAGGAGGAAGCGCGGGUGCUGUGGUCGCCUCGAGAUUGUCGGAGGUAGCUAAUUGGACCGUUCUACUGCUGGAAGCUGGCGGUAACGAGAACGAAAUUUCGGACGUCCCCUUGUUGGCCGGCUACACUCAGCUCUCAGAGCUCGAUUGGAAGUAUCAGACCUCCCCACCCAGCGAAUCUCGCUACUGCCUCGCCAUGACAGGCGACCGAUGCAAUUGGCCACGUGGCAAAGUUCUGGGCGGAAGUAGCGUCCUCAACGCCAUGGUUUACGUACGUGGUAAUCGCCGCGACUACGACAACUGGGCUCGUAUGGGUAACACCGGAUGGAGCUAUGAGGAGGUGCUACCUUACUUCCUCAAGUCCGAGGACAAUCGCAAUCCCUACUUAGCGAGAACACCUUAUCAUAGGUCAGGGGGCUACCUGACGGUGCAGGAGGCACCAUGGAGGACUCCCCUGGCGAUCGCGUUCCUGCAGGCCGGCCGAGAGAUGGGCUACGAGAACCUAGAUAUAAACGGAGCUAAUCAAACCGGUUUCAUGCUGACGCAAAUGACCAUACGCCGUGGCAGCCGGUGCUCGACGGCGAAGGCUUUCUUGCGGCCGGUGAGAAACAGACCGAACUUGCAUAUAGCGAUGCACGCGCAGGUCUUGAAAGUGCUUUUCAACGCGGACAAGAGAGCGACAGGUGUGGAGUUCCUUCGCGACGGUAGGCAACAGGUAGUGAGGUGUAGAAGGGAGAUCGUCUUAUCCGCCGGCGCCAUUAAUUCGCCCCAGUUGCUCAUGCUGUCGGGGAUCGGGCCCAGCGAACACCUGGCCGAAUUCGGCAUACCGGUGAUAUCCGAUCUUCGAGUCGGGGACAACCUGCAGGACCACGUGGGCCUGGGCGGACUGGUUUUCACGGUGAACGAGUCGAUCACCGUGACGAAGGAUCGCUUUCAAACGUUCUCGGUGAUGCUGGAGUACGUGCUGAGGGAACGGGGCCCCAUGACCAGCUCGCUGGUCGAGGGCUUGGCUUUCCUCAAUACCAAGUACGCCGACAGCUCCGGCGAUUACCCGGACGUGCAGUUUCACUUCUUACCGACCGCGGUCAAUUCCGACGAGCAGGUCAAGAAGGUGCUCGGCCUGCGGGACCGGGUUUACAACACCAUGUACAAGCCGUUGCACGGCGCCGACACCUGGUCGAUCCUGCCGCUCCUGCUGAGGCCGAGGAGCACAGGAUGGGUCAGGCUGAAGAGCAGGAACCCCUUGGUUCACCCGGAGAUCAACCCCAACUACUUCACGCACAAGGAGGACAUGGACGUAUGCGUGGAGGCGAUCAGACUGGCUCUUCGGGUGUCCAACACCAGCGCGUUUCAGCGCUUCGGCUCGAGGCCCCACUCGAUUCGCAUGCCGGGCUGCCACGGCUACGCGUUCGACACGUACGAGUACUGGGAGUGCGCCGUGCGACACUUCACCUUCACGAUCUACCACCCGGUGGGAACCUGCAAGAUGUCACCGCGCAGCGACCCCACGGCCGUGGUGGACCCGCGACUGAGGGUGUACGGCGUCAAGGGACUCAGAGUCGCCGAUGCCUCGAUUAUGCCGAGCAUCAUCAGCGGCAACCCGAACGCACCGGUCAUCAUGAUCGGCGAGAAGAUUAGCGACAUGAUCAAGGAGGACUGGCGAGUGAAAAGAAGGCGAAGCGCGGGGAGGUAACGGGAAGGUUCGCGGCGGCGGCGAAAUCGUAUCUCGGGAUACGGAUCCUUCCUCUGCGCGUAUCGCAUUAAAAUUCCCGCGCUCUCGCCUUCGCACGGAUGGCAGCGGAAACGACGCGGCUGCGCCGCACAUCAAACGUGCGGAUUACUUUCUCUGAAAAGGUCCCUGAAAGGUCUCCGCCGAUAUUUCGGGCGACUCGUUUUCACUCGCCGCGAACUCGCAGCACUUCUGCGUGUACAUACAUAUCGUGUCGUCAUCGCUUUUGUACAUACGUUUAGACCGAAUUAUACCGCAGCCAUCGGGGAGUGGCGGUGCCAUUCUUCUCUUGUAAAAUGACAUGAGAAAUAUAAUUUAUUUUUUAUUCCUCUG